GGUGCGGCUCCCAAUUCAAUUCCAUCGAAUCCAAAUUCCACAGCCUAUCCGACAUCGACAUCGACAUCGAGGUCGCGACAUCUCAGCCACUCCAGCUCCUCCCAUUGCGACGUCCCGCAUACAUCACAAUGGCAGGCAAGGGAGUAAGGAGCCUCGGCGAGGCCAUGAGGGGCCUGUCCCUCUCGUCGACGUGCAGAGCGGCGAACCCUGCGACGUCCUUCGCCGGCCCGUCGAGCUUUACGAGAUCAAUGGCCACCGAGGCGCCAUUCCCGGGCAUCACCACAUCCGCCUACGCCGUCCCCAAGACGACGGAACCCUGGACACCAAUCACAUCCGUCCCCGUCACGAUCCACGCCUUCCCGACCCUCGAGCCGCGAUCCCUCGAGUCCUACUCGACGAAGCACCUCUACCUCCCGCUCCGCCGCGACCUCCUCCACCUCGCCGUCGUCUUCGAGGGCGACGCCACCCGACAGGGCACGGCCAGCACCAAAACCCGCUGGGAGGUGCGUGGCUCGCACAGGAAGAUCCACCCGCAAAAGGGCAGCGGUCGCGCCCGCGCGGGAACGAAGCAGUCGCCCAUCCGCCGCGGCGGAGGUGUGUCCCACGGCCCCAAGCCGCGCGACUUCAGCACCCGUCUCAACCGCAAGGUCUACGACGUUGCCUGGCGCACCGCCCUCAGCUACCGCUACCGCCGUGGCCAGCUCGUUGUCUGCGAGGACGGCAUGGAGCUGCCGCUGCCGCUGGACUUCACCAAGCUCGCCGACGCCGGCGCCAUCGGGCCCCAGAUCGCCGAAGAGUACCGCCGCAAGUGGAUGAUGCAGGUCCUCGAGGCCAACGAGUGGGGCAAGGCCCACGGCCGCACGCUGUUCGUCACCAACGGGCAGAGGCCGCGGCUUUGGGAGACUAUGGAGGUCGCGGGAGACCAGGGCCGGUGUCUGGACGUCAACGAGGUGGACGUCAAGGACUUGCUGGAGGACGGCCGCGUGGUCAUCGAGCGGGCAGCGCUUAGGGAGAUGAUUGAGUCGCACCAGAGCGACCUGGUGACCAAAAUCUUCGUCAACGGUGCCCUCAAGGGCGGCCCGACGAUCGGCGAGCCGCUCGUUCAAUGAGGCGGGCGUUCCGACUGCGCUGCUGGCAGAAAAGAAGAAUAGGGAGGGAGGAGAGUAAAGAAAUGUGUGGAUAUCUGUAACACCAAUCAACGAGGAGUAGCGAUUGUCUGAUUAGAGGGCGCUGCUCCGGCUUGUAGCAAUAUGAGGCACACACACUGCCAUUUUUCUAA